AUGAGCACCAUUGACGAGAGCGUCGAGGCGGGUGCGAGCAAUGCGGCGGUAGGGCGCGUGCCAGAAGGCGUCGCCAGUCAUCCUGGGACCGUUGCGCCGGGUGGGUCGGGCGUGCGGCGGUUGGCCAACACCUCCGGAGGUCAAACCGGGCCUGCGCGGAAGAAGGCCAAGGUCGGGAGCAAAGGCGCAGCCAAGGUUACGGAUGUUGAAGCUGACAACGAGUCGGAUGACGACGAAUCGGGCGACGGCGAUGGUGAUGCUGAGGGUGACGGUGACGGUGACGGUGUUGGUGACGGUGACGGUGAUGGCGACGACGGCGAAGGUAAUCACAGUGAGCCGCAGUCGUCGGCGACGGCAUCGCCGAGCAAGGCAAGCAAGGCAAAGAGCUCGGCGAGCCGCAAGAUUGCCAUCCGGUACAUUGAGAACAAGAACAAGCGACACAUUUCGUUCUUCAAGCGCAAACGCGGCAUCAUGAAGAAGGCGCUCGAGCUGGCGACGCUGACCGGCUCGCAGGUCAUGCUCGUCAUUGCAUCAGAGACUGGCCACUUGUACACAUAUGCCACGCCCAAGCUCCAGCCGCUGGUAACCGAGCACCACAAUCUCAUUGCACAACUGUUGAUGGCGCCGGACCCGCAGAGCUCAGUCGGCCCGGCACAGAUCCCUUCAGUCGACUCGGGCGCGCCAUCGCUGACGCCACCACCGCCGCGGGCGCAUGCUUCCCGCAUCAAGCGCUCACCCAUGGGCCUCAAUUGGACGCCGCCGUCGGCGGCAGGCGCAUCGGCCACGGGUGCGGCGCCGUCGGCAGUAUCGACAACAGCGACGUCGGCAUCGGCUGGCAACAGCAACGGCGGCGGCUGUAGCCUGAGCAGCGGAAGCGGAAAUGGCAUUGACCACGGUUCUGACACCGGCAACGGCAAGACCAUCAACCACGGCUCUGGCGCGGGCAGCGGUGGCGGCGGCGGCGGCGGUGGACCACCACCCGGCUCGUCUGUCAACGGCAACGGCAAUGGAGCUACCGCCGGGUUGGCGCCAGCGGGGGUUGUUCCAAGUGAGCAGCAAGCAAUGCGAGCGCUGGCUCAGGCUCAGGCCCAAGCACAGGCUCAGGCUCAGGCUCAGGCUCAGGUGCAGGCGCAGGCAAUGGCCCGCGAUCCGAACAUGUUUUUCUACACUCACCCCGGUAUGUGGCCGCACGUGUCGGCUCAGCCUGGAGCGCCUGGCGUCUUUCCGGGCCUUACCGCGGGCCAUGUCGCGGCGCACGGCCGGGGCACCCCGUCUCAGGCUCAGCCCGGGUCUCGCUACCCUGGCGGGGCUCAGGGCACGCCUGCGCCUACCAUUUCAGGAAAUGGGGCAAGCAUCAGUCAUCCCAGAUAG